CCGGCGGCCAUGUGACCACGCACACAGGCGCACACUCCGCCCGCUCUCGAUGUGCGGCGCCGAAGCCCUUCCAUGGUUCUCGGCUCUGGGGCUGCUGCUGCUGCGCCUGGCCGUCGUUCCCGCCCCUGCUGAGCCGGUGGCGUCAGCAUUGCGUUGUACUUUGCCCAGCCCUAGGAAUGUUCAUUUUGUCUCCAGAAACCUGAAGAAUGUCUUACACUGGUUGCCGCCAGAAGGGAUUCCUGAGGACAAAUUAAUUUAUAGUGUGAAGUAUUUAGUAUAUGGCACAACUAGAUGGAUUCAGGAUGCAGAAUGCAGAAAUAUCAGUCAGACCUGGUGUGACCUCUCACGUGGAACAAGUGACCAUAAGGAGCUAUAUCAUGCCAGAGUAAAAGCUUUUCUGAAUGGAAGUUGUUCCAGCUGGACAGAAUCUCCUCGGUUUAAUCCAUUGACAGACACUAAAAUUGAUCCACCCGCAUUUGCCUUGUCUUCUGCUGAAAAAUCUAUUUCAGUCAUUGUGGCUGCACCUAAGACAUGGAGCAGAAACUCCAGAAAUGAGCCUAAUUAUCUGCAUGAAAUAUAUCCCAUCCUACAAUAUAACGUAUCUGUAUACAACACUAAAAAAAAGACACAGUGGAUGUUCUGUAUUAAAAGCAACAGACUUGAUGUGUUCCAUUUAGAGUCGAAUACAGUGUACUGUGUCACAGUGCAGGUAUAUAUUACUCCACUCCUGUUCAGUGGACUCUCCAAAGAUUGCAUUGCUACUUUGAAAGAUUCUGCUUUCAAGGAGGCUGUGACAAUCUUACUCGGAUAUAUUUUGCCUGUCCUUCUAACAGUCCUUAUUAUUUUGGUGUCAUGCUGUUGUGUAUAUAGGUACAUUCAUAUCACAAAGCAAAAGUACCCUACAAACCUGGUUUUGAAGUAUAGUGACAAAUGUGAGAGAGGCAAUUUGCUUCCUUCUGAAAAAACUGUGAUUAACUUCAUUACUAUUAAUAUCACUGAGGAGCAGAAGACCUCUCUGGAGGACACUCGUUUACUAGGCAGUGCCCACAGCAGAGAUGGAUGUUGUGAUGGAAACAGUGUUGAGGGAAAAGCUUCAGAAGUGCAACUAGCACAACAGGAUUCUCAAGACGCUUGCCUAAAUGAGGAAGUUAUGUUUGAAAAUGAGCAGGAUGAGAAGAAGCUACCCAUGAUGAAGCUUGUAUCUCAAAGGGCUUCAGGUGAGAAGCACGAGGAUGAAGUUGUGGUCUAUGAAUUUGACUUGAGGGCUGAAGAUACAACUCUGGUUCAAGAGAAGCUGAGCUUAAAAGCUGGUAUUUGUGCACUAGAGGGACUGCUUCACAAACUGCAAAAAGUACCUCCAGAUUUAAUAACUGAUGGAACAGAACAGGCCUACUGUCCCCAGUUUGGUGUGGGAGCUCCAGGUAUCCGUUCAGGAGAGCAACCAAGAGAGACCCUUUCGAAUAAGAUGGGCUCUGGACAUAAUGGCCUCCAAGCUCCUUCACAAAAUUUGGUUCCCAAUAAACCAGGCCAAACUUUUUGUCCUCAAUGCAGUGUGGUGGCAGAUACUUGUUUGGCACAUAAUCAAAAAGAGACCUUCUUCGAUGAGAAAAGAGCUGCACUUGAAAAACCACAAACUUUUGCAAACGUAGUGACGAGAAGUGCAACAUCAAAGCAUCAGACAUGGGCCACCCAGGACCAGGAGGCAGCAAAGAAAGCAAAAGUGGAAGAUGAGCAGAGCAUAAUAAUAGAUUGGGACCCCCAUACUGGAAUACUUAAUAUACCCUUGUCUAAUUUAAUAAGUGAUGAAAUAAUUGAGAAUGUAAAGUAUGAAGAUUCUCUGGAGGAGGGACUUCUGUCCAGAGUUUAUGAGAGACAGUGCUCUGCUGAGCUGUUAGAGAGAGAUGAAGAAAGGUAUCUCCUGCACCUUAAAGAACAAUGGGGACUGCAUAUACAAAUGCAAACCUAACUUUCUUUCCCGUCAUGAUUUAAUUUACUACUAAGUAGAAUGAUUUUAAUAGUUAAGAUUAAUUGCUUACAGUAUGAAGCUGGUGACCAUCAAACCAUCAAUGACUAUCAAAGGCCAUUGGUUUUAAUUAUUGGUGAACUCCAACAAAGUAAUCUGCUUUUAUUCAUUCAGUAGUCUUGCACCAAUGCAUGUAUUUGUUGAGAAUUGCAUUGAUUCAAACCAAUAUCUAUAUAUAUUUUUAAAAAACCAACACCAGUUAAACGUAUACGAUAAGGGCAUAGAGUACAUGCUUGUCAAUUUCAGUACUAACUUUAGAUGGAAGACACUUGCUAGACUUUGAAAAGAAAUUUUCAGAAAACCAUUCAGCUUUGAGAUGAUCUGUUUGCCUCAGAUAUGAUAUUGUCCUAGGGUAGUGGGGUAGUAGCUAGAGUUGAACCAAGUGAUAGUGUCAGUUAGAUGUAAAUCAGCAAAUAAAAAUCCUGGGGGCAGGCAUUGCUUGGCAGAGAGCAACUAACAGCCCCUGUGACUACCAGACAUGACUGCUAUAUGCUAUCUCCAGGAUCAAAAGCAGCAUACUUCUAAAUACUAGUUUCAGUGAAACAAAUGGAGAGGGUGGCUUGUCCUGUUUGCGGGCUUCCCAUUGGCAUCUGGUUGGCCCCACUGUCUCUGAUCCUUUGGUCUGAUAUAACAGGAUUCUUGUAGCUUGGCUCCCAGUCUCCUCUGCUUCUUGGCUACUGCAUUCGUGCAACAUUGUGACUAGUGUAUGCUGGGAAUAGCACAUAUAGGAAACAAAGGGGGAAACCCCAUAGGCCCUGUUAUGUCUCAGGUAUGUGAAAAUACACCUCCAGUCUUUGGAAACAGAAGUCUAUUAAGCCUUUAUAAGAUAUGGGAGGUUAGCUGUGAUCAGUUAAUAGACAGAAAAAGCAGAGAACUUCAGCCAAUGAAAAUAGUAUUUUGUCAUUUUUGCCCCAUGCCUUUUGCACACAGUAUAGCUCUGAAGCAAUUAAUCACAUAAAAUAUAUCACUUUUCCAUUUCUGCAUCAACACAGUAUGAGUAAAUCAAUGUUGACACUUUCAACAUCCUGGAGGAAGUCACCUCUAUUAGCCUAAAGCAUUCUGAUCACCUUAAAGUAAUCAGGCCUGACACUUCCAUCCAACCUGAGGAAUUGGCAGCCGUCGGAACCUCUCCAUAGGAAAGCAUAGUUGCAUCCAAUAUUUUGAACAAUUUUGAAUAAUCAAUUACAUGGACAAUUCAAGCUAACAGAAGAAUUCACUAGCUUGAGUUUGAGAGUUUGGUUACAGCAUGUUGGUAAAUUACAUGUAAUUGGCUGUGUGAACACAUGUAGGAAGAAUGACUGCAUAUUGUACAUGCUGCUGGCUUUUGAAAUUAUAUUGUUGGCAUUUAGUGUUAGUGCCAUAGCUUUACCUUUUCCUAUUUAUGUUUUAAAGAUAACAGCUGAACAGGAGCAUCUUGUAUGAACAAACAGAUGUGUCUGAGGCACGUCUGGCAAAGCUGCUUAAAACUUCUCCAAGCACUCAAACACUUCUCUACUCAGCUUUCGCAAAUGUGAAUUGUAAGGUUAUGAAGGAAAAAUAAUGUGGGACAUAAGAAAGCCAGCUCAUACAUACAUGUACACCACUUGAUUCGUUUGUCAUUUGAUGGCUCAUGUUAAUACAUGAAAAGGUAUUUGUGUCUGAUGUGACACAGCAGUUCUUAUAGUGACUCAUUUCCACUAGUCACCUUUUGGUGCUGUAUUCAUCAAGUGAUGGUUGUGUAUGUGGUGCCAAGGUUUAGGGAAAGCUAUCUAGAGGCAUGAAGGUGAAAUUAUCUGUUAAUAUGCAGUAUUAAAUUCUAGAGAUCUGGAGUGGGGAACCUCAUAAAAGGUAAAGGUAAAGGUACCCCUGCCCGUACGGGCCAGUCUUGCCAGACUCUAGGG